AUGUUGCAGUUUCACUGCCACCAUCGCCUCCACUUCUCAAACAACCUUCCUUUCCCACUGUCACCAACUCACCACCAUAACCAUAAACCUUCUCUUCUCCCUUUUCUUCCCAAAAAACCCACUUCCUUUUCAAUUUCCGCCAUUCCUUCUUCAACAUGGCUCGCAGAUAUCACUACAAGAAUAACAAUUGACGGUGCAGAUGGACCCAUCGAAAUCCCAUCCUAUUCCCCUCCUUCUCUUCUCUCCACCACCGACGACCCUUCUUUCAUCCAAAUUGCUUCCAGUAUUCUCCUCACCGGUGCCAUCUCCGUCCUCCUCUUUCGCUCCUUCCGCCGCAGAGCCAAACGUCUCAAACAAACGCAAUUCAGGUCUUCAGGGGAGAAAUCAGUAAAGGAAGAAGCAUUGGAGACGUUGAAAGCAAUGGGGUCUGCUACAAUAGAGACUUCUACGGGUCCACCCUCACCUCUUCAAACAUUUCUUGGGGCAAUAUCCGCCGGGGUUAUUUCUCUUAUUAUGUAUAAGUUCGCCACUAUCAUUGAGGCGGGUCUCAACCGGCAAACCAUAUCAGAGGAUUUCUCUGCUCGCCAGAUAACUAUCACCGUAAGGACGAUAAUAAACGGCUUGUCCUACCUUGCAACAUUUAUUUUCGGCCUGAAUUCCAUUGGUCUAUUCCUUUAUUCUGGCCAGCUUGCCCUCAAAUCCUUUACGGGAGACGCGGCUGAAAAGGAAACUGAAAACAAAAGCCCUGAUCAGUCUAGUUUAUCGAAUGUAUCCGUUGAGACCCGCACGAACGACAUUGAAUUGAGCAACAGAAACGAAGAACAAAGUUCCAACGAUGCGUAG